CUGGUAUGUGAAUCGCCUCAAGUGUUAGCAAUACGCUUGUGACAUGAAUCUGGUUUCCCCAUUGACGUUGCUUGUCGGACGGUCGCAAAACAGGAGCAUGUCACCCUGGGACACAACGGCCAUCGUAAAGGUGACUUUUGAAGACGUCGUUGUGUACUUUACGGCCGCCGAGUGGGCGCCACUUACCAACUGGCAGCGGGACUUUUACCAAGCUGUGAUGGUGGAAACUUAUGAGUUGGUGGUGUCGCUGGCAGGCGAUGGGGUCCCAAUGGCCGAAGGUGAGGAGGGAGGAGAGGAGAGGCCGGUUUGGCAGUACAUACCCCAGGGAAAAAGGAGGCGAAAGACCCCGCAGCCGCGAGCAGACACGGCAGUGAGGCAGAGUAAAUCUGCAGCGUCCAAGGUGAACACUGGUUGUCUCCCACGGAUGAUGCCGAAGAUGAAUCCACCAGAGUGUCCUGAGUGUGAUAAGACUUUCCUCACAAAUGUGGCCCUGACCAUCCACAUCCGGACGCAUACCGGGGAGCGUCCGUUCGAGUGUCACCUCUGCUCUAAGGCCUUCCCUGCCCAGAGUGACCUCAGGCGUCACCUCAAAACCCAUCCACGCAGGAAGGAUCCUCCCAACACGGGUACCCUCCCUCAGGCCACGGAAUUUCUUGCUGCCAAGCUCCGGCUGCUGCGCCAACUAGGGGUCUCCUCGGGCCCAGUGAAGCCGCACGGCUGUGUGCAGUGCGGGAAGAGCUUCAACUGGCUGCAGGACUUGCAGAAACACCGAGCGACACACUCGACGGAACCGCCAUUUGCCUGCCCAGUUUGUGGGCGCGGCUUCCAGCUCAAACAAGUCCUAGUGCCCCACCUGAAGGGCCAUGAUGGGGAACGGCCUUUUUCCUGCACGGAAUGUGGGAAAUGUUGGCAAAAGCACCACAUGAAGAUUCACUGGCGGGUGCACACAGGUGAGAAGCCCUUUGCGUGCACCGCCUGUGGCAAGCGGUACACCCAUAAGCAGCCGCUGAUCAACCACCUGCGGGUGCACACGGGCGAGCAGCCAUACGGCUGCCACGAAUGUGGGAAGACAUUCCGUAAUCAGACCGCGCUGACCAUCCACCACCGGAUACACACAGGUGAACGCCCCUACCGCUGCCUGCUGUGUGGGAAGACAUGCAGCCAGUUGCAGCACCUCAAGAGCCACCAGCGAGUACACUGCAGCGAGCAGCACCUGUUUGUGGAGAGCAACAGCGAAGCUCUGGCCCUCAGGGAGGCGCGUGAGAUGUAGGAGAAGCCAUAUCGGUGCCCCGAAUGCGAGAAACGCUUCCGGGACAAAAACAUCAUGCAGGCUCACCUCCAGACCCAUGGGAAGAGCGAGGGUCUCUGGUUCGGUGGGCCAAGUCCAUCGCUUCCCGUCCAGCCGAAAAAGUCUCCACUGGACUCCGAGCCUGUUGACAAAGCGGCAGGAGCGAACCAGGAUGCCUCUGCCCUUGUCCCAAGGAGACCCUUUGCAUGCCCCAACUGUAGCAGGACAUUUACGCAGGCCAAGUAUCUCGCCUUCCAUCAGAGGAGCCACCAACGAGGGCGGCGCUUCCGCACGGAAAGCCAGGGCGUGGAUUGUGUCCUCCAGCUGGUAGAACGUCUGGAAGAUGUUGGGCGACACCGCGUGGCACUCCAGGUGGACGGCAUCCAGCAGGGUGAGGAACCGGGAGAGUUUGCUGGUGGGGCUGGCGACUUGGCUGUGGUCCUUGACCAAGAGAUGGGUCAGCAUCCGUCUCCGAUAGUGGCACUUAAAAUUCUGGAUAACCCCUUGCUCCAGAGGAGGCAGCCAGGCAAGGAUCCGUUCUUUGUUCUUGAUGAUGCGGCAAAUUUGGGGCUGGGAUACCCCGAAGCGCUUGGCCAGUUCACUCUGCGAGACCUUGGGCCCUUCGAGCAUCUCCAGCACGCGGACUUUCUCCUGCAGCGACAGCUCCUUGCGCUCCUUGCGUUGAACCCCGGCUUCGCCGGGCAAGGGUGGCCCUUUUCUCCGGCUCCCCGAAGGGCUGAAGGGGUGUCCGGCGGCACAGGCACCCUGCCCGGACAGCGCCAUGUGCUCCAUGAAGCUCCGCCCGCAGUCGCCGCAGAUGUAGGAAUUCUGCCCGGUGUGCUUGGACUGGUGCACUUCCAGCUCGGACUUCAAGCCGAAGCUUUUGCCACAUUCCAGGCACCAGUGGGGCAGCUCCCCCAGCUGGGGUCGGCACCCUCGCAUAUAAGGACUCACAUGGACAUUCAGUGGGACAUGGACUCUCAUCCCCCGGCAGCCGCCGCACAGCCCCUCAGCCUCCCCAAGCCAACCCCCACGAUGGACGCCCUUCCCGUGACGGCUGAGCUCUCCCUGACAGUGGUGGCGGAAAUCCAAGCGGUGGAGAGCAAGGUGGAUGCCUAUGCCGCCCAACUCAUGAACCUGGAAGUUCGGAUGAGCAUGGCCGAGACCAAGCUGGACGGCUGCGAGAAGACGGCGGUAGAGUUCGGGAACCAGCUGGAGAGCAAGUGGGCCGCCUUGGGUACCCUCAUCCAGGAGUACGGGCAGCUCCAGCGGCGCCUGGAGAACAUGGAGAAUCUCCUGAAGAACCGGAACUUCUGGAUCCUGCGUUUCCCGCCAGGUGCCAAGGGGGAGGCCCCUAAGGUCCCGUUGCUGUUCGAUGAUGCUGCCUGCAGUUUCUCGGAGCAAGAGUGGAGGGGUCUUGAUGAAAGCCAGAAGGACCUUUACCGCCACAUUAUGAUGCACAACUACCAGGCGGUGGUCUCCGUCGAUGCGGCUGUCUCCAAACCGGAACUCCUCACCCGGAUUGAGCAAAGAGAGACCUUGGAGCAGAACGAUGGCAGAGGAGACUACCCCCGUGACGAGUCCAGCUUCGGCAACCAGCCAGGAUCACCAAUUUCGGCUCCGCGCGGGAGUUCCUGGAUUGAGGAAGAAGAUCUGUCUCUCGUCAAAAGCAUGGGGGCCUUAGAGGACAGAGAAAUCCCUGGGGAGUGCACCAUGGGUGCUCCUCAGCUGUUGGAGGACGAUGUGGACAACCUCUUCCCCCACAAGUGGACCGAAGUUUUCCAGGGUCCUGGAGAGGAGCUGCUGUGCGAGAGCCAGUCUGUCUCUGUCGCCCUGCCCAAGAAGCCCCUCCGGCGGUCCACGCAGGGACCGUCAGAGACACAGAAAGAGCAUUCGGCCCCAUCAGCUGCAGAAGCUCACCCCGGCCCCUUCAUCUGCUGCGAGUGUGGAGAAGGAUUUGUAGACAGGCAGCUUUUCGCCAGCCACCAGAAGACCCACGGCGGAAGCGGGGCAUAUCUUGUGCCAGAGCCUAAAGGGAACCCGGCAGUUAAAUUCACCCCCUUCUCUAUCCAGAGGGCCCCAACUCCUGCCCGUCCCAAAGUGCACAAGCGCCCUGAGCCGCAGAGGAGCCCAACGGUGAAACCCAGCGCAGUGAAACGGCCUGGGAACCACAUGGUAGAGCGUCCCUACACAUGCACCCAGUGCAAGGAGAGCUUCAAGCUGGAGGUCAGCCUGCUCCUUCACCAGAAACUCCAUGCGGGGAAGGGCGACGGGCCGCUGACCUGCACCUACUGCGGCAAGGACUUCCGGGACCUCUCCAAAGCUGUGCGCCACCAGCGGAUCCACACGGGCGAGCGGCCGUAUCAGUGCACGGAGUGCGGGAAAAGCUUCAUCCGGCGGGACCAUCUGUUGAAACAUUGGCGUGUCCACACGGGCGAGACGCCCUACCAGUGCGCUACUUGUGGGAAGAACUUCCGCUACAAGGAGUCACUGAACUGCCACCAGAAAAUCCACACCCGCAACCCCACCGUGCGCCACCUCAUGCUGGGAACACAGUCGGGUCUGAUGGGCCUGAAACCUGAGCAGCCCCCUCCCCCAGUCCCCGUCCCCGCCGCCGCCCCUCCGCAGCCUUGGCGUCGUCCUAGCCCACCGCCCAACCGUGGGAAAGAAAUGGCAACACCGUGGGAACCGCCGAAUCUGCAGUGGAACCGAGCCGUCCCGCCCCCGCUGGUGCCGCCCCCGGGACUCUUUUGGACUCUCCCCAAACCCGGAUGCGAACCAGCGGCGAUCCACCGGCAAGCGACCGAAUUUUCCCUCUGGACGUUGCUGGCAGCCAUGCAGGCGGUGGAGAGGAAGGUGGAUGUGCACUCGGGACAGAUCCGGACUCUUCGACGGCGGGUCGAUCUGGCGGAGCGCAAGCUCUCGGCGACAGAGAAAGCGGUGACCGACUUUCUGCCCCACCUGGACGCACUGGGGACGCUGGUCCGGGCCUAUGAGCAGCUGCAGAAGCGGCUGGAGACGGUGGAGGAGAGAUUGAAGAACCCCAACCUUUGGGGGCUGAACGUCCCACCAGGCGCCGGAGGGGAAAGCCCGCAGGUUCCUGUGAAGUUCGGCAACGCCUCAGCUUACUGCUCAGAACUGGAGUGGGAGGACUUGAACUCGGGAGCACCAACGCGCCAGAAGGUCAAGGAGUCCUUGGUUUCAACUGAUUGUGCUUCCUCCAAACCUGGUUCAUUAUCCCCAACGAAAGGAGGGGCACCUUUAAGUGGGAAGCACCAAGGGACCUCUGGGGAAGCAGAAGACAUCCAGCAAGACAGAACAGGUAAUUUGCAGGGGACCCAUUCCCGCAGCCAACAAUUCCAAAAGAAUUCCCAAAUGCUUUGUUUUCUUAUCUAUUCCCUAGAAACUGUUGUCCUCUUGCGGACUGGCGCCGUAGCUGACACAGAGCCUGGAAACCUGGAUCAGUUCAGUCCCUUGCCUGCAUCUUUGGAGCAAGACGUAUCGCCCUCCUCAGAGGAGGGCUUGGUGCCAGUGGACAGCCGGACGGGUGCACUGCAACCGUCGACUGAGUCUGGAGGAGACAUCGCAAAUUUUACUACCAUCGUCGUCCAGGAAGGAGUACUUCCUGGUGAAGCGCCGUACGUGUGUCCUGAUUGUGGUAGGAGCUUCUUGUAUGAGGAACAAUGCGCCUUGCACCAGCAAUCCCAUCUCCAAGUCUCUCCUGACCGUGGAGACACUCCUGCACAACAUCCCCAGCCAGAGGUCAGGGCGUAUACCUGUCCAGAUUGCGGGCGCUGGUUUCCCCACCAGGCCAGCCUGAGCAAACACCGCCUCUGGCACACGGGCGAUCGGCCUCACACUUGCGCUGAGUGCAAGAAGACUUUCCGACUGAAAAUCAAUCUGCACCUUCACGAGCGUACUCAUGCGGUCGCCAAAAAAACCGGCUUGUACAUCUGCAGCCAGUGCGGCCGGACAUUCAACCAUCACUCGAAUUUCUUACGGCACCAGAUGAUCCACACCGGGGAGCGGCCAUACACCUGUGGGGAAUGCGGGAAGACAUUCAUCCGUAAGGAGCAUCUCGCCACCCAUGGGCGGCUGCACACAGGCGAGCGGCCCUACCAGUGCCCACUUUGCCCAAAGAGCUUCACCCGCAAGCAGCAUUUGGUGGGACACCAGCGGCUGCAUGAGGGGGAGGCGAUCUGGCUGGAGGAACACCCCACUCAGAUGAACGGGCAUGGCCAACGGGGUGGAAUCGGGGUCCGGGCAGACGAUGUUGAGCCUGGACUCGGACAAGAGACGUAUCCCCCGGGCGCUGCAGCCAGUGGCCAGAGGGGGGGUCCUCCUUCCUCGCUGCACCACACUCUCCUCCCCCAAGAGGACAGCUUCCGGUCGACUAAACGAAGCGUCAUAAGUCAAGGACUAGUCCCGGGAGGCAUGGCGGUGCCACAAGCAGCGGCAUACUGGCAGUAUCCUCCUAAAUUUGUCCUCUUCUUUCCAAUCAUCCCCCAGCAGGCAUCGCAACGGGAUGCAGCACCCGCUCGUCAUCGUCUUCCGCCGACGCCCACCGACUCCGACCAAAUCUUCGACCGGGAGGACCAAGCAGCCGAGAUCGCCCUGACCUUGGUGGCUUCCUUCCAAGCCAUGGAGAAGAAGGUGGAUUCACACACCAGCCGCCUGCUGGACCUGGAAGGCAGAACCGGGACGGUGGAGAAGAAGGUUCUGGAUUGCGAGAAGACAACGGGGGAGAUCGGAGGCCAGCUGGAGAGCAAAUGGGCUGCUCUGGGGACCCUCAUUCAGGAAUACGGCCUGCUGCAACGCCGCUUGGAAAAUAUGGAGAACCUCCUGAAGAACCGCAACUUCUGGAUAUUGCGCUUCCCGCCGGGCUCCAAGGGCGAGACGCCGAAAGUGCCAGUGACCUUCGACGACAUGUCGGUCUACUUCAACGAGAAGGAAUGGGAGAAACUGGAAGAAUGGCAGAAGGAACUCUACAAGAACUUGAUGAAGGGCAACCACCAGUCCUUGGUCUCUUUGGAUUAUGCCAUUUCCAAGCCAGGUGUGUUGUCCCAGACCGAGCGAGCGAGUGACUCGUGUCACGGAGACGACCGAGACUCGGAGGAGCAGGGAAGACUUCCUGAUGCCACAGCAGCCGGCAUCAGGGUCGUGAUCAAAACGGAAGAGCCGCAUUCUGACGAAUGUCCUGGAGACGUGGAGCCACGUCAGAUGUCUGGCGGUUCGGAGGGCGAUUUCCAGGGUCUGGACCCCGAAGCUCCCUGUGGUAGCCCCUACAGCGCUGCCACCCCACUGGGAAACUUCCCCAGCAACAACCUGGAGGAAGGAAGCGAGUACGACGUGAACUUCGGCGAGAUCAAGAGAGUUACUGUGCAGCACAGCAACUGCACGGAUGACGGGAUCGUAAUCAAAAUGGAGGAAGAAGAAGAGGAAGAGGAGGAGGAUGAAGAAGAGGAGGAGGAGGAAGAAGAGGAGGAGGAAGAAGAGGAGGAGGAGGAGGAAGACCCCGUCAGUUUGGAGAACCGGGGGUUGUUUUCGUCCCGCGCCGAGCCACCCUGCUCGCUGGCUUGCAAUGUAGAGGUUCUCCGGGAGGAACAGAGGGUGACCAAGCCAACCCGACCCACCGUGGGGAUCUGUGCCCCGCUUUGUGAGAGAGACAAUAGCGUUGAAACGCGGCCGGUCACACUGCAGCAGCGAAACCGGACGCGUGAGCGGCCGUACAUCUGUCCGGACUGCGGCAAGAGCUUCAUUCUGCGGAUCAACUAUAUAAUCCAUCAGCGUAACCACCUCAAGGAGGGGCCCUAUGAAUGCCACGCCUGUGACCUCAGCUUCCGCAUCAAGCAGCAAUACCUCCUGCACCAGCGGCUGCACACAGCACGGCGUGGGGUAGCUCCUCCGCCCCGCCGCGGACAGACGUACCCUAACAAGCGUAACUUCAAGCAACAGCCUCAGCCGCCCCUGCCGCCUGGCAAGCCCUACAAGUGUAGCGAGUGUGACAGCAGCUUCAGCCACAAGUCGAGCUUGAGUAAGCACCAGAUCACACACGUCGGCGAGCGCCCAUACUCGUGCGGUGAGUGCCGGAAAAGCUUCCGGCUGCAGAUCUCACUGGCCAUGCACCAGCGGGUGCACACCGGCAAAACUGAGCUCUCCUUCAUCUGUCCUCAGUGUGGGAAGGCCUUCAGUCGGCCGUCCCACCUGCUGCGACACCAGCGGACUCACACGGGUGAACGGCCGUACAAGUGUAGCCAGUGCGACAAGACGUUCAGCGAGAAGUCGAAGCUGACCAACCACUACCGGGUGCACACUCGCGAGCGGCCCCAUGCCUGCAGCGAGUGCGGCAAGGGUUUCAUCCGCAAGCACCAUCUGCUCGAGCACCAGCGUAUCCACACGGGCGAGCGGCCGUACCACUGUGCCGAGUGUGGGAAGAAUUUCACCCAGAAGCAUCACCUGCUCGAGCACCAGCGUGCGCACACGGGUGAGCGGCCGUACCCAUGUACGGAGUGCGCCAAGUGCUUCCGUUACAAGCAGUCACUCAAGUAUCACUUGCGGACACACAUGGGGGAGUGAGGGGGAGUCCCUGUUUCCUGCCCCCCCCUUCCCCCCAAAGCCAGCCCCGGUAUUCAGGGACAGAGGACUUAAUCGAGGAGAGGGUGAAGGACGUUCUGCAGAGAUACCUACCUCUCUGCCCAACAGAGCACUGAAUCGGGGUCCCUCCCUCCAAGCCAGUAAUGGGUUUCUGGCUCAACUAACCUUCAUCUCUUCCAGCACUGUAACCUUGAUGGACACAAAUUAUCUUCUCCAAGCUUCUGGCUUCCUUUGCUUCCUCCCCCUUCUGUUCUUUUUGAUAAUAAAUGUGCAGCCUGAUUUAUUUGGUAA